AAUCGAUGUCUCAAGAGAUGACCAUUCUACGCUCUACACUCGAUUUGAUGAUGUGCCGCUAGCUCGUAGAAUUGACGCACAGGCGGCCGUUCACUGAUGGUGUUUCAAAAACUCGUCGCACCGUCGAGUUAGUCGUCGCGAGAUUGCAAAAUGCUGGCCCGCUGUGAUAUAUUUUGCUUCAAAGUACUUACAUUCGUGUGUCUGCUAGUACAUUUGCCAAACAGCAUAGCAGAGGAAGUGACGGAAGGUGCUCUUUCACUCACAAGUCAGAAUAUUGAUGCAACGUUAGCUGAGAAUGAACUGGUAUUCAUCAACUUUUACGCACAAUGGUGUCGCUUUAGUAACCUAUUAGCUCCUAUAUUUGACGAAGCUGCAGAGAAGAUUAGAGAAGAGUUUCCACAGUCUGGAAAAGUGGUAAUGGCCAAAGUGGAUUGUGACCGCGAAACAUCUGUGGCAUCUAGGUUUCAUAUAACUAAAUAUCCAACAUUAAAAGUAAUAAGAAACGGGCAACCAACUAAGAGAGAAUACAGAGGGCAACGAUCAGUAGAAGCAUUCCAAGAAUUUGUCAGAAAACAGUUGGAAGAUCCUAUUAAAGAAUUUUUUGAUUUGAGGGAGCUUGAGCAACUUGAUGAUAAAAAACGUAUGAUUAUAGGAUAUUUUGAAAGGAAAGAUGUUCCAGAAUAUGAAUUGUUCAGGAAAGUUGCCACUAAUUUGAAGGACGACUGUCAAUUCUAUGUUGGCUUUGGCACAUGCUCCAAUCAAAACUGUGAAAUUGGACAGCAUUUACAUUUGCUGAAUGCAAGUAAAGCAAUGCAUCCUCCAGGAGAACCUAUCAUUGCCUUCCGAUCAGAUAAGGCCCUAUCUGUUGAAAAUGACGAAACUUACAAGGGAAGCUUGUCAGUUUAUGAUGAAUUAAAUGUAUGGGCGCAGGAGAAAUGCGUGCCAUUUGUAAGAGAAAUAACAUUUGAAAAUGCCGAAGAAUUAACGGAGGAAGGCUUGCCUUUUCUUAUAUUGUUUCAUGCUCCUGAUGACUUACAAAGCGUCAAGCAGUACAAAUAUAUCGUAACUAAAUCGUUAUUAAGUGAAAAACAAAAUAUUAAUUUCUUAACCGCCGACGGCCUGAAAUUUGCGCAUCCGCUACACCAUUUAGGGAAAAGCGCAACAGACUUGCCACUGAUUGCAAUAGACAGCUUUAGACACAUGUAUCUAUUUAAGGACUUCAACGAUAUUUUUGUGGAAGGAAAACUCAAGGCUUUUCUACAGGACUUGUACUCCGGAAAACUCCAUCGCGAGUUUCACUAUGGUCCUGACAUCACUAACAAUGAAAUAUCAGUUACUGGGAAACAGGUGAAAACUCCCACAACGCCACCGGAAUCUGCGUUUAAAAAACUAGCGCCAAGCAAAAAUAGGUAUACAAUAGUUAAGGAUGAACUGUAAUGAAUUCGAGCGCAGUGAGAUUUUCGUAAUUAAUUUAUAUGCAGUAUGCUAAAAAAAAAAGUGAAUUGCAUCGGGAGGAUUUUCCAACAUAGAUACAUAUUAUUUUCAUAGUGCAUUUGUAAUGCCAGUCUCCUAAAACCUCGAUGAAUCCGUUUUUCCUUCUCUGCGAUUUAUUCCCUUUCUGUAUUUUUUGUAUACAGGAUGGAAUUGAUGUUUUAAUUUCCUUAUUAUUGAAUAAAAAAAACGUCAAUGGAGAUUAUUUGUUAAUUAUACAUGAUUUUCACAUCAAUAGAGACAAAAUACCACAUAGCAAUUUAUUUUUUAUAAAAAAAUUUACGUUUGUACGAUCUAUUGUCGGCAAACAAACAGCAAAGAACAGAAAGUUCUUUUCCUUUUGAUAAGAUGCGUCUGAUGUUCUUGAAGUGAUUUGCUAAGAACAUUUUUUUAUAUUAACUGUGAGACAUUGCAUCAGUAUCAAUAAUUAUGUAUCAAAUUUUUCUACAUAUAAUGUAAAGGGAUCAUGCUGCUUAACAUCAUUAUUGUUGAUUUUUACAAUUUCGAUAUAAACGCGAGAUAUUUUCAAAUGUAUAGAGAGUUGAUUUAAGAGUAUUCUAUUUUAGAGUAUGAAAAAAUAGCCUAUUUAGUAAUUGAGAAAAAUACUAUUACAUGGCUAUAGUUAUGCAAUAACCUAAAUGAAGUCCAUUUCAAGAAAAAUGCAUAUAAUAUUUGAUGUGAUUUAGAAAUGUAAGUAAAAAUUGUUUUUUAUUAAUUUUAAACAUAUAUUAGGCUUGGAUCUUCUUUGGUUAAUGUCAAAAAAUGUACGAAUUACCCACUGAUUACAAUAAUUCAAAACUUGUAAUUUUGUGAAUUGGAUAUUUCUUGCAUAACUAAGGCCAUAUAUGAUUAUGAAUUUUUACACACGUAUUUAUUUAUAUUUGAAGAAUAUAAAUAAAUGUAACAUCUAGAUAUUUUUCUAAUCUAAUUAAAAAAAAAACCGUUGAAAAAAGAACAUAUUACUGGUUAACACAAUUACAAUAAUUCUACAGAUCUGAGAUAAGAAAGUCAAAAAGAUUCUUAGUAAUUAUGAGUGUGGCUGUGGUCGAAACUAGGAAAUAAAAAAAUAUGAAUUGUUAAAAUAGUACAGUUGUAAAAAAUAGGUACUGAUUUUCCCAAAAAAAUUUUUGACCUUAAAAAAAUAAACGAAAAUAUUACGAUAAUUCUAGUUUGGACCAUAAAUACAUAGACAUAUUUUAUAUAUGUAAAAUUUGCAGUCAAUCAAUUCAAUAUUUUUUAAAUAUGUCAAAACAUAAUUUUGAAAAACGUAUUUAAUGUUUUUAAUAUAGAUGUAACAUAUAAAUAAUAUAAAUUUAUAAAUACUUGUAACUUUGUUAUUCUUUCGUAUUUUGAUCAAAUCUUUUAAAAAUAUGUUCCUGAGAUUUAAACCAUUUGAAAGAAAUACAAUUGAAUUUUUUUUUAUUUCUAAAAUAGAAUACCUCUUAAAUAAUCUCUGUUCUUUCGUAUUCCGCCUGUUACGUUUGCUCCAUAGAACUCUAUAGAACUCUUAGCACAAUAUUUAGUAACAUUUCUACGUGAUCAUCAUAUUUGUCGAGAAUUCGAAGUGUAAAUGUGUUCGAGAAUACAUGAUAUCUAAUGCGUGUAUGCGAUUACCAUUGACCAUAUUGCAUAUGGGGCAAUUGUUUCUGAAUGAAAAAUGUAUAAGAGAGAGAAAGAAAGAGAGUGAGUACUUUGUCUAUUGCAUGAUCGAGCAAAUGAAAUCUCAGUGUGCCCUCGUAAGAUAGUCAUAGAACGCAUUAUUUGUAUGAUCGAUGAUAUUGUUUUGCCUGUUAAUAAACAAUUUCUAAGUCA